CAUAGGCAAAUCAAAUCGUCUAAAUUUACCCGAAGCAUGUGAGUGGACAAAAAUCCCUUGCACUUUUGAUUGAUCGGUCUUUUUGAAAAUAAACGAGUAACCUCGUAGUGUUAAUUUUUGUCCUCUGGAGUACGUUACUCUUGCUCGGUAUGAAUCAGGCUUCCUCUAUACACACUCAGAUACGGAUGCGAACGCGACCGUCAUCGCGGGUGUCGGGGUGAUAAGGGGGGUUAUGCUUGAUGUCUGCGUCUCGUGGGUGUUAUUUCAUGUAUUAUACUUAUUUCGUCAAUUAAAAAAAAGAAAAAUAAUUCGUUAACCCUACGAGUCUACCGUUUUAUGCAAAUCUUCGUAAAUUCCCAGGAUUAUGGUGGCUAAAGGCGAAAAAUUCUUUUGUUUUCUCCAUAUGACAGAUACAUGUUUAUUUACAAAUUGAUGUAGGUAUGACAGGUACUUAGGACGUUCAUUCCAAAACAUGCCUAAUGACUUCUUUUAACUUAAAAGUGAACGUUUUCAAUGUAAACAAAAGUGCUAUUUUAACCACCUUUGGAUUUUCAGGUUACUUGGGCAUGGAAGGAGGCCAUGCUCAUUGCUCAGUGCUCCUGUGCGAAUUGCACCAUGUGAAUUAUUAAAAGACUGAAUUACUAAAUUAUGUGUUGUGUGAUUUAACUACGGAAACAAUAUGAUAUACGUAUACUCGUACUACUACGAUAAGUUCCACAGUCAUUUCAAAAAUGUUUAUAGCUGAAUAUAAACGAAGAACUAGAAGUAUUUCGGAUUCGAGGGAUAUUACAUUAAAUACGAUGUCAGCAUCCAAUAUCGAAGUAAGAAAAGUACCAAAGAAACGAAAGUUUGAUCUCUCCGAACUCGAAGAAAUCGGCAAUGUCGCUUGCGUACCGGUCUCGGUCGUGCAGAGCACGAUAUCGGCGCCGCCACAAAUCGCCGCCGUCGAUUACUCCUGCUCAAUUCGACCGAUCGACGACGAGCAAGUCAUACGUAAACAGUUCGAUAUAGAUCUCAGUGAAUGGUGCGAUCAUCGCGUGCUCGCCAAGCAAGGAGAUUGGUAUUAUCCCGGUGUCAUUCGUCAAGCCAGCGGGAACACUCUGACGGUAGAAUUCGAUGGAAGGGAAAAUAAACCAGUGUGUUUCACGGACGUGUUAGCAAGUGAAUGUUACGAUGUGAUAGGUGACGCGAGCCCUUAUGUGAGUCAGUUAACGUUAGGGACGAGGGUGUGCGUGCGACACGACCAAGCCGUAUUCGUGGAAGGCGUCGUGUGUAAGAUACUUGAAGGGCAGCCGAUUCGCUUUGCAGUGGCGGUACUAGGAGAUAGGCCUCACGAAAUAAAUGUGAAAAGGGCAGAUUUAAGACUGCUUCGGCCGCCGUGGUGGGACGAACUAGAAAAUCUACAGUUCCCUUUGCAACUGCACGACGUCCUUCCUACAAUUCAAACGGAAUACAUCUCCAAUUCCCCACCGCGGAUAUCAGCUUGCACCCCUUUAUCCAACGGACGCCAUUGUGACGAAUUUUGUGAAAGUGAGGAUGAAUUGCGAAGGGAGGACAUCAUGUUUCCAUCCGAGACUGAUGCGAAACUAUCAGGAAGCAGUAAACGCAGUAGUAUGCAAAGUAGGGCAAGCUCUUCAAGCAGCAUUACGCUUAGAUCUCAACCGACUACGCCACGUAGUCAAGCAGCUACACCACAUAAGUAUAAAAAGGGUGAUGUCGUUGCUAAUCCUAAUGGAAUUAGGAAAAAGUUUAAUGGUAAACAGUGGCGGAGACUUUGCUCAAAGGAUGGUUGCAGUAAGGAGUCACAACGUCGCGGUUAUUGCUCGAGACACUUGAGUCUCAAAGGUAACUAUUUGAGGAGUGGCCCAUCAUUUCCUCGUUCAAGCAGCAAAGGAGAAGGUGAAGACACAUCCCGUGACUCUGACACUUCUCCGAACUGCAAUGAACGUAGGAUAGCAGGCCGCUUUGACCAAGAUGAAACCGAAGCUGCCAAUAUGCUAGUGUCACUGGGUAGCUCACGUUCUGCGACACCCGCCUUUUCGCCGAAUUGUCAAGGGUCGUCACCUUUAACUAUGCAUUCACCAAUUACCGUCGGGUCUAGGCAAAAUGUCUUCAUGCCCAUUAGUAAUCAUUCUCAUGGACUUCUGAAGCACACAUCUCCAGGACCGCCAGGUUACAAUGUACCGGCACCAUAUCAACCCGUUAUCAGACCCGAAUUGGUUAGGCCCAACCAGGGAGGAACUAGUGUAAUAAGAAUUUCUCCAAACCCUAGGCAGUGGAGUACGCCUGUUGUUUCGGAGCAACAAAGUGUCAUUUUGCAACACGCGCUUACUACCCCACCAAACCAAUCAACUUUGGAAUCUGAGAAUUCUCAAGUACCUGCAGAUUCGUUGUAUUGCGGCAUAACUGAUUCACACGAUGUCAUUAAGUACGACGAGCCACAUCAAUCGUUUCAAACUGUACGGAAGUUGGUACAAAAUGAUCAAUCUCUUGAAACAACGACAAUUCGUGUGGCUUCGACUGAAACGAUAGGUAAUUUGACAAGUGGAGCGGGAUUAUUACCUGUAAUUGUACAUCCUACGCAGUUAGUACCUGUUUUACCUGCAGCGUCUCAGUCUGUAGUGAAACGUGUGCUGCAAACACCAACAUCCGCAUUGAACCCGCCGACGGUUUCUCCAGUUAUUGUUAAAACAGAACAAGUCCCAUUAUCAGGAAUAAAUAUUGUCAAUAAUAAAGACCAAUCAUCUAUAGUGCGAGUUCCGCCGGUGCAAACUCAACUUCAAUUACAGCCAGAAGUGGCAUCGACGUCAUGUGCAACAACUACCGUAGUAUCAAGUACCACCUCACAAAAUUCCCUUUUCCAAAAUUCGCAAUCAACCUUCGUAAUUCCUUGGCAUUCCAUUGUACCUGUACUUACGACACGUUCAGCUCAAUUUUCUCCUCCGCCUUCCGAACUGUCACCUCCAUUAUCAGCACCCCCUCUAACCUCAAUUGCAUCUCAAGUUCCAGCUCCGGUACUGGAUCUUAUAGAUGAGGACGAUAAUCCGGAACCAAUACCAGUUACCACUGAGGAAGAUGAUGACGUAUUCGAGCCCGAAUCUCCAGGUCUUGGCUGCAUGACUGAUAACACGCUAAAUAAUAAACGUAGAAGUCAAUCGCUUAGUUCCUUACAAAGCACCAUGAAAGACAGCACAUUAUCUAAGACUAAGGAACGAAUCCGAAGACCUAUGAACGCGUUUAUGAUAUUUUCCAAGAGGCAUCGCGGCUUAGUCCAUCAGCAGCAUCCUAACCAAGACAAUCGGACUGUUUCGAAAAUACUCGGCGAGUGGUGGUACGCUUUGGGACCGGAAGAGAAGAAGAAGUAUCACGAGCUUGCGUCAGAAGUGAAAGAAGCGCAUUUCAAAGCGCAUCCGGAAUGGAAAUGGUGUAGUAAAGAUCGACGGAAAUCGUCGACAGGCUCUGGUCGUAGCAAAUUAGGUUCAACUGGCGAAAGCGUCGAUAUCGGCGACAUCCCACUCAGUCCGAGAACGCCUCACUCGCCUUUACCAGUUAGUGACGUGCAGAAUGCCCAAAUGCUCUCCGAGCAGGAAGGACUCGGCGACAUCUCUGACGAAGACCAAAUGGUUAUAUGUGAAGAACCGUCCUCGGAGAUAGAUCUUAAAUGUAAAGAGAAAGUAACCGAUUCAGAUUCAGAAUCGCACAGUGAUCUCGAACCCCCAAUCGAAACUCGCGUUUUCCCACAGCAACGGUUUAGCCCAAUUUCUUCUAGUAAUUCUACCGAAAUAACCUGCCGCCCAAAGCCAAUUAAAGCCCGCCUUCCUUCAACGGAAAGUAACCCUAAGUUUAAUUCGGUCGUUGCUACAUCGACGAUGCUCGGAUACCCCUACCAUUCGCCUGUCAAUCCAACGGGGAUUAGCGGUUUUCAACCGACAGGAGGGGCAUUUAAAACCAUGCCUGUGUCUCCGAAAAUAGUGAAAGCCGAACCUAAAUUUGACAAUGUAGAAUCUCCGAAUUGGACAGGUAGCUCGUUUAUAAUUACACCCAAACCGGAAACGACGAAUGUACCAUUGCACAAGUCGUUAUCGGAGACGGGUGUACAAUGGGUAACCUCAUCUCUUUCUCAAAAUAAUACGAUACUCACAAGACCUAAUACUACCUUAACCAUCCUCAAACCUCAAAUCAAAUCUGGAAACGUUAUUCAAGUAAGCGAACGUAAUAAUCACGGCAACCAACCGGUAACGUUAACAUUACUAAAUCCCUCUCUAAACGGUCAACAGACAACACUUUGCCUUUCAAGUGAUAGCGAGCGGUCCCAUCCCUUUUUGGUUGUGUCAUCUGCUUCGGAUGUUCAGUAUGUUUACAUGCAGCAACCUUCCUAUCAAAUUCCCCCCGCCAGCAAUGUAACCUUACAAUCUUUACAAUUUGUGCCAAAACCCGCGACAACACAAUCUGUCAUCGUCAGUCAAUCACAAAAUCGAAUAAAUAAUCAUACAAAUUCGAUUCCCUUUAACAAUGCGCAUAACACGAAAAAUAGCACAAACGAUGAUGCAGGGAAAGACGACAAUGAGUUAAUCAUGAAUGAUAAACUUUUGGCUAGCUCACCAAUCGAAGUGCCUAUUCUUCCACAUACAACAGGUGAGAUCGUUACCGCUGCAGAGCCUGACAAGCAAUUUAAACUCGCGCCGACGCCCGCGCAAUUAGGUCGAGCACCUUUACAAAGGAGACAAUCGAUGGCCGUAGGUAACGCCACUAGCAAUGUGUCUUCGGAAAGUGUGACAAUUUGCAGUAGUGACGAUACCGUUCAGUUAGAUUCUUCUUUGAUGUCUCCGUCGACAAGAAAGAGCUUUUUUAAGAAGAACAUCGAGGACGGAAUGGAUAGAGUAAUUUUCAGGGUGUUGGAACAAGUAAAUUUUGAGAAGAAAUUUUCAUCGUUACCUCAAUUUAAACCCGAAGAAUGCCAGUCUCCUAGUGCCAUAGCCGUUUCUUCGAGUCCCAGAGUGUUUUCCAGCUAUCAUAAGAAGCGCAACCUAACACCAGGUCAUCGAUCGUCCAUCGAUGAGGAGAGUGAGGGGGAAACACCAUUGCCAUCGACCGCUUCUGUUUCGGGAAAUAGAAUAAUUGGAAACACAUUUUUCGGCCCGGAUUUUAAUGUAGAAAAUAUCAAAGAUUUUUCUGAAGUGGGCGAAUCGAGCUCCCCUCGAACUCCGAAAACACCUGGAACAGGUCGCGACGCCGAAAAAGGACAUCGAAAGAUAUUGGAACAAAGACGUCAGUUGGUGAUGCAAUUAUUUCAGGAGCACACGUUUUUCCCAUCUUCGCAGGCGACCUCGAACUUUCAAGCUCAGCACGUCGAUAUCUUUCCGAAUAAGGGUAGUUUACAAUUGAAAAUACGCGAAGUGCGGCAAAAACUGAUGGCCCAAACUAGCCAUACACCUCGGAGUGCAAACAGUUUAAGUAGCCCUCUAACUCCUACAGAAGCUGCCAAAGUGUCCUCAAAUAGUUAGUUGUAUUUUUCGAGUGCAAUAAGUUUUAGUCUUCCUCAUUUUUAAAUUAAAUUUUUUUACAAUUUUGUUUUACAUGACGCCUAAAAAUCCGAUUAUCGUUAAAAUUAUUUUAAAUUCUAAUAGUUGUUAAGUGUAUUUUGAAUUUUAUCCUAAACAAUUUAUAAUCGAUUGUAAAUAGAAUUGUUGUACAUUUUUUGUAUAAAGUUACGUAAUUAGGUUAUACGCAAAAUAUUGUACAUAGUUUUAAUUUUUAGUUUAAUUGAUCGUUUAUUCAUUUCCAUUUUAUUUAUUAACGAAUAUUUAAAAUGGAGUCAAUUUGCGGAAUGUCUAUUUUAUAGAAUGUUUGGCGUGUAUAUUUAUAUCUAUAUAGGCAGGGCCUAGAGGUAAUUAAGGUUAAAAAGCAGUUGUGAUAGUUCCCCUUCUUCCUGUUUUAUUCAUUUUUAAAGCAAUAAGUUAAGCUUAGCGAUGGCAAUUUAUCAGCUGUUUUCUGGACUGGGAUGGUCCAACUGUAUAGAUGAGUUGAUAACCAUAUGAAGGUACAUAUGGUAUUAAUAUCAAGGUUGCCUUAUACGUAAAAAGUACAACCACUCUAUAUCAUUUUUAGUAUCAAAUUGUGCAUAUAUUAAUUGUUACCCCAAAAUAUAAUUUUUGAACAGAAUGAUCCUAUGGUACCAUUUCGAUUAAACUACUUACGAAUUGCACCUAAUUUGAUCACUUCUAUUGUGCAUAUUUCUUGUUUUCUACUUAAAUUUUUGAUGCAAUCUCAACUUCGUUACGCAUCGGUGUGAACAUUAAAAACUUCACGCGAAGGUGCUACUAGUUAUUAGUUUCGGUCCUCUCCGUGUACUAGAUUAGCAAAAACUACUUCUUGUUUUUUAGACAAUACUAGCAACGCUAGCUGCAACUAAGUGGUUCCGUAUACAUAUUUGCUUGACUGUUUUCAUUAACCUUCUCAGAUUUAGAGCUUCUUUACUAACCAUUGUAUAUUAAUUUUUAUUUGCAAAAUGGCCCAUUUAUAAUAAUUAUCUGCCCGUUAUUGCAUGACAAGGAUUACAGGGCCCUGCAGCGACGCAACAGUCUUAUCUUAAAAUAUUGAAACUAAUUAAAUGAAGUAACAGGAUUAUUUUUCAACUUAAACAAAUCGUGAAUCUUUGGCUAUUGACGCAGUUUGUAUUAAGUAAAUUUUAACAAUCUGCCUUAAUAUACCUUGCGUUUCAAAAGUGGAUAUCAAGGCUUCGCAUUUUUUUACUACGUACCAAAUGAAAGACCAACUCGAAGCAUAGCACACGUCUAGUCAAUAAUGAUGAGUGUAUCUGGCGUAAUCUUAGGAGUAUUUCUACAGGUUCAAACCUUACACACUGUAACACAAGAACAUUUCCAUCUAGCAGUCACCAUCUCUUCUACGAACGCUCUCUAAGACUUAGGAAAUAGUGUACACAUGCGCGCGCAGACCAAACUGUUCGAGUUGCUCUUCCACUCGGUACAAAACCUUGAUCUAUUGUAAUUUAUUUCGUAAAAUUGGACCUGCUACUUUAUUUGCAUUGAAAAGACAGACUGUGAUUUUGUAGGACCUGACGUAUUACACUUCAGUCGGAAGUGGCCGACCCGUAUUUUAAAUUUUAUUUUCAAUUAAACCUAUAAAAAGUGAACUGAAACUUUUUCCUAGCUUAUUAUCUCCGUUUGCGUGUUACACAUAGGGCUGUUGACAGUGUAUUUUUUCAAGCAUAUAUCUGUAUAAUUAGGUGAAAUUGUUGAAGUAAUUUAAAUGUAGUUUGUAGUUGAGCGUAGUUUUUUUUAUAUGUUUGAUAUAGGUAUUUGCACUUGUUUGUCCCUCUUAGCAUGAAUAGAAUUACUCGCACGUAAUUGCUAUUUAUUAAUAGGGAUAUCUUUGUGAAUAUAUGGACAUAAGUACAAUGGAGAUAAAUCAUCAACUCUGUGAAAUGUUACUACUGUUAUUAGAUGUUAUGUUGUAUAAAUAAUCAAUGAUCUCGUUAGUGAUUGUUAGACCUGUUUCACACGCUACUAUGUACAAGUUUGCUAAUUUUUAUCCAUUAUACGUACUUCAGCUCACUACAUUACUGAUUAUAGGUAUUUUAUAUGUCGAAUGCUAUUUGCACUAGGUUUACGAUAACGGUUACAAGUGACUGUCUUUUCUAGUCCGCUACUAGAGGUGCAAAUAGUUUUUGACGGACAUAAUUGAAAUUUCUUUCCAAAACUUGAGUUUCUCAUGUAGGUUACUGUUACGUUCUAAAUCUGUUAUUUUAAUUUUAAUGGCACAAUUUGUAUAUGUAUUAUAAAUACAAUUUUUUAAAAAAUUU